AUGGAAUGGAAACUGCUGCUGAUAGUCCUGCCGUGGCUGCUUGUCUGCAAGGUUUUUUAUAAGGUCGAGGACUUUACGGAGCCUGAUGUCGUUUACCAAAGCAUCGACUAUCAUCCGGAGGACUACAUCGACUCCUUUACCGACUUCCAGAAGCAUGACUACUUUCAGUAUUGA